AUAAAUUCAGAUUUAGGGUUUUGGAAGGUCUCAAAAUUUUCCUGCCGUGCAGCUAUCAUCUGGAGUUAGGGCACCUCACCUCCUCCAACCAUGGCCGUCGGUAAGAACAAGAGGAUUUCCAAGGGAAAGAAAGGAGGGAAGAAGAAAGCCACCGAUCCAUUUGCCAAGAAGGAUUGGUAUGAUAUCAAGGCUCCUUCUGUGUUCACCGUUAAGAAUGUCGGAAAAACUCUCGUUACUCGCACGCAGGGUACUAAGAUUGCAUCCGAAGGACUCAAACAUAGAGUCUUUGAGGUCUCAUUGGCUGACCUUCAGGAUGAUGAGGAGCACGCCUACAGAAAGAUUCGCUUGAGAGCAGAAGACGUUCAAGGGAGGAAUGUACUGACAAAUUUCUGGGGAAUGAGCUUCACUACUGACAAGUUGAGGUCUUUAGUACGCAAGUGGCAUACUUUGAUUGAAGCUCAUGUAGAUGUCAAAACCACAGACAGCUACACCCUUAGAAUGUUUUGCAUUGGAUUCACCAAGAGAAGGCCAAACCAGGUGAAAAGGACGUGUUAUGCUCAAUCCAGCCAAAUCAGGCAGAUCCGCCGUAAGAUGAGAGAGAUCAUGGUAAACCAAGCAUCAUCUUGUGAUUUGAAGGAGUUGGUUCGCAAGUUCAUUCCCGAAUCAAUUGGCAAGGAGAUUGAAAAGGCAACAUCCAGCAUCUACCCUCUUCAAAAUGUGUUUAUCCGGAAAGUUAAAAUCUUGAAAGCCCCCAAAUUUGAUCUUGGGAAGUUGAUGGAGGUUCACGGUGACUAUUCGGAAGACGUUGGCGUGAAGGUUGAGAGACCUACCGAUGAAACCAUGGCAGAGGAGGGGGCUACUGAAAUUGUUGGAGCUUGAGUUCAGUUAUGUUGAAAUUUCAUUUAUUUUGAGUUGGAUUACCCUUGUUUUUGUUUCAUUUUGACCUUGUUUUGUCUACAAACUUAGUUUAACCCUCAUCUCGGUCUAGUCAGAGAGUUGAUUUAGAGGAACGCAAUUUUCCGCUACCAAGUUUUAGACAAAGAAUACUUCCAUUGAAUUAAUUUAGCAAAUUGCACUGUUUUUCUACUUGAACA